GCCUUUCGUCACUGCGCAGAAGGGGCUCCAUCCUGUAAGGAGAACCAUCAGGCACCGUUGGCCCCAGGGAUUACCUCCAGGGCUCUGAAAGAAAGGGAGGAUUGCCCCCAGGCACCUGGAGAUGCCAGAAACAAACACCCGACAACCUACCUCUACACCUCGCCGCCAGAACACUGUGCUGCCAGCGCAUUCAUUACAUACCUCGCACAACCCCUCUAACCACAACCUGCACCGGCUUGACUGCCGCCCCGUAUAAUCAAUUUUAAUUGCUGGUAUUUCGAAGAGCACGCGCAUGACACGCCCACCAUGGGUAUCACUCGACGUGCAAAAGAUAAGGCCGCGCGGGCCGACCGCUCUGGCGGCGGGGGCGGCGGAGGCGGCUCAAGCAAGCCCAAGAAGGCCACUUACGAUACCACAAAAAAGAAGGAAAUUGGCGUCUCCGACUUGACAUUGCUGCGGACCGUGUCCAACGAGGCCAUCAACGAGAAUUUGAAGAAGCGUUUCGAGGGCGCCGAGAUCUACACCUACAUUGGCCAUGUCUUGGUUUCCGUCAACCCCUUUCGCGACCUCGGCAUCUACACCGACCAGGUCCUCGACAGCUACCGGGGGAAAAACCGGCUGGAGAUGCCCCCGCACGUCUUCGCCAUCGCCGAGUCCGCCUACUACAACAUGAAGGCGUAUAAGGAGAACCAGUGCGUGAUUAUCUCGGGCGAGUCCGGUGCCGGAAAGACCGAGGCCGCCAAGCGCAUCAUGCAGUACAUCGCCAAUGUGUCAGGAGGGGGCGAGACGGGCGACAUCCAGCAGAUCAAGGACAUGGUAUUAGCGACCAACCCCCUGCUCGAAUCGUUCGGCAAUGCGAAGACGCUGCGGAACAACAACUCGUCGCGCUUCGGCAAGUAUCUACAAAUCCACUUCAACGCCCAGGGCGAGCCGGUCGGUGCCGACAUCACAAACUACUUGCUCGAGAAGUCGCGGGUGGUGGGCCAGAUCGUCAACGAGCGCAACUUCCACAUCUUCUACCAGUUCACCAAGGGGGCGUCGCAACAAUACCGGGAGACGUUUGGUAUCCAGAAGCCCGAGACGUACAUCUACACCAGCAGGUCCAAGUGCUUUAAUGUCGACGGGAUCGACGACUUGGCCGAGUACCAGGAUACGCUUAACGCCAUGAAGGUUAUUGGCCUCUCGCAGCCAGAGCAGGACAACAUCUUCCGGAUGCUAGCCGCCGUCCUCUGGACCGGUAACCUCGUUUUCCGCGAGGACGAGGACGGAUACGCGGCUGUGUCGGAUCAGUCGGUCGUAGAUUUCUUGGCUUAUCUCCUCGAAGUCGACCCGGCUCGUCUCGUCCACGCCAUCACCAUCCGCGUCCUCACACCGAGGAAUGGGGAAGUGAUCGAGUCCCCUGCCAAUGUGGCACAAGCGACGGCGACCAGGGACGCCCUUGCCAAGGCCAUCUACUACAACCUGUUCGACUGGAUUGUUGAACGAGUAAACCAGUCCUUGAGGGCGAGGCAGGCUGCUACCAACUCGAUCGGUAUUCUCGACAUCUACGGGUUCGAGAUUUUCGACAAGAACAGCUUCGAGCAGCUGUGUAUCAACUACGUGAACGAGAAGCUGCAGCAAAUCUUCAUCCAGCUAACCCUGAAGGCGGAGCAAGACGAGUAUGCGCGGGAGCAGAUCAAGUGGACCCCUAUUUCCUACUUCGACAACAAGAUCGUGUGCGACCUGAUUGAGUCUGUCAGGCCGCCUGGUGUCUUCUCCGCCAUGAAGGAUGCUACAAAGACGGCCCAUGCGGACCCUGCUGCUUGCGACCGCACAUUUAUGCAGAGCAUCAACGGCAUGUCGAACCCCCACCUGACCCCUCGGCAGGGCAACUUUAUCAUUAAGCACUACGCUGGCGAUGUCACGUACACGGUCGAUGGCAUCACGGAUAAGAACAAGGAUCAGCUUCUGAAGGGCAUCCUCAAUCUCGUCCAAGGCAGCCAGAACAAGUUCCUCCACGACAUCUUCCCCCAGCAGGUGGACCAGGAUAACCGGAAGCAACCGCCAUCGGCAGGCGACAGGAUCAAGACUUCUGCCAACGCGUUGGUAGAAACGCUCAUGAAAUGCCAGCCUUCAUACAUCAGAACCAUCAAGCCCAACGAGAACAAGUCGCCGACCGAGUACAACGUCCCCAACGUGCUCCACCAGAUCAAAUAUCUGGGUCUCCAAGAGAACGUGCGUAUUCGCCGCGCUGGUUUCGCCUACCGCCAAUCGUUCGAAAAGUUUGUCGACCGCUUCUUCUUGCUCUCUCCCGCGACGUCAUACGCUGGCGAGUACACCUGGCAAGGUUCCUAUGAAGCUGCCGUUAAGCAGAUCCUCAAGGACACGAGCAUUCCCCAGGAAGAAUGGCAGCUCGGUGUCACGAAGGCCUUCAUCAAGUCGCCCGAGACGCUGUUUGCGCUAGAGCAUAUGAGAGACCGGUACUGGCAUAACAUGGCGACGCGUAUCCAGCGCAUGUGGCGAGCCUACCUCGCGUACAGGGCCGAGUCCGCGACCCGAAUCCAGCGGUUCUGGAGGAAGAAGCGGACCGGCGCCGAGUACCUCCAGCUCCGGGACGACGGUCACAGGGUGCUCCAGGGCCGGAAAGAGCGCAGGCGGAUGAGCAUACUCGGCUCACGGCGUUUCCUCGGCGACUAUCUCGGCAUCAACGCGAGCGCCGGGCCCGGAGUCCAGAUACGUAACGGCAUCCAGCUAGGGAACAACGAGCGAGCCGUCUUCUCUUGCCGUGGAGAGGUUCUCGAGGCCAAGUUUGGCCGGUCCAGCAAGCCUAGUCCCAGAACCAUCGUGGUCACCAGCAACAAGUUUUACGUCGUGGCUCUGGUGAUGGGCCAAAACAACCAGGUUCAGGUCGUGGUUGAGCGCUCUUUUCCGCUGGGGGCAAUCAAGUUCGUUGGCACAUCCACAGCUCGGGACGACUGGUUCUCCUUGGGCGUGGGGUCGCAGCAAGAGGCUGACCCACUGCUGAACUGCGUUCUCAAGACGGAGAUGUUCACGCAAAUGAAGAGGGUGAUGCCCGGCGGGUUCAACUUGAAGAUCGGAGAGACGAUCGAGUACGCAAAGAAGCCUGGUAAAAUGCAGCUCGUCAAGGUUCUAAAGGACUCGCCAACCCCGCAUGAUUUCUACAAGAGCGGCGCCGUACAUACACAACAAGGAGAGCCACCGAACUCUGUCUCUCGACCAACACCCAAGGGCAAGCCCGUCCCCCCGAGGCCGAUUACGCGGGGCAAACUGAUCAAGCCCGGCGGCCCGGGCGGCAGGCCCUCUAGGGUUCCUGUCAACCGCACGCCCCAGCCCCGACCGUCAGGCGCUUCCGCGGCGGCUGCUUCAAGGCCAGUCCCGCAACCUCAGCCGGCGGCGGCAGCGGCAGCAGCAGCCGUCAGCAUUCCCUCGCACACCCGGCAAAAGUCCAACUCGUCGGCUGUACGCGCGCCUCCCCCUCCGCCCCCUGCUGCGCCGCCUGCAAAGCCAAAGAUCAUGGCCAAGGUCCUCUACGAUUUUGCUGGCCAACGAGACAAUGAGCUGUCCAUUAAGGCUGGGCAGGUGAUUGAGAUCGUCCAGAAGGAGAAUAACGGUAAGUCUUUCACACUCAAAUUGUUCACCUAUGUAUCGUUGCUAACCGAUCUACCCGAAUUAGGCUGGUGGCUCGCCAAGGUUUCCGGUGGACAAGCGUGGGUCCCGGCGGCGUACGUGGAGGAGCAAGAAGCAGCGCCGGUCCCGGCCCCUCGGCCACCGCCACCCCCGCCGGCGGCGAACGGGGCAGCUGCACGGGCGAAGCCGGCCGCGCCGCAGCCCCCAGCCAAGCGCCCCGCGGCGGGGAGGAAGCCGGCGGCGUUGCAGGGCCGCGAUUCGGCCAUGAGCAUGAACGGGUCGGACAGCAGCAGGAGCAGUACCCCGACGCCGAGCCUGGGUCCCAGCUUGGCGGAUGCCUUGUUGGCGAGGAAGAACGCCAUGGCGAGGAAGGAUGAUGAUGAUGAUUGGUAGAUAGGUUAGCGUUGUUGGGUGAAUGGCGAGGCGCGUUUGGUCGAUAGCGAUAGACUGACUUGUCAAGGCAUCGAAGCCUCCCUUUGUGUUGGUGUGCCAUGGUCAUCACGCAG